AAAUCCCUUGAAGAUAUCUGGGCGAUUAUGGCAGUUGAUAGAGCGGAUGGGCGGACCCCUAAUCAACGAAGACCGGUGGCUUGUACUCGAGGCAUACUCCACCGUGCUCAUGGCUCCGCUAGCUGGGCUCAAGGUGACACAAAGGUGAUUGCUGCUGUUUAUGGACCGAAAGCUGGAACUAGGAAAAAUGAGAACCCAGAAAAAGCAUGUAUUGAAGUCAUUUGGAAGCCAAAAACCGGGCAGAGUGGGAAACCGGAGAGGGAGUAUGAGAUGGUACUGAAGAAGACAUUGCAGAGCAUCUGCCUUUUGAAUGUUCAUCCUAAUACCACAACAUCAAUUGUAAUUCAGGUUGUCAAUGAUGAUGGUGCUCUUCUUCCCUGUGCAAUAAAUGCAGCCUGUGCUGCUCUUGUAGAUGCCGGGAUUCCUUUAAAGCAUCUUGCUGUUGCAAUAUGUUGUUGUAUGGCUGAAGGUGGACAUAUUUUACUCGACCCCAGCAAAAUAGAAGAACAGAAAGUAAAGGCAUUUGUGUAUUUGGUUUUCCCAAACUCGAUGGUUUCUGUGCUUCCGCAAGGAUCAUUAAGACUGGGAGGUGAGCUAAUGGAACAUGGGAUUAUUACAUCCGUCACGCACGGCAUGAUGGCAGUGGAUGAUUACUUCAGCUGUCUGAAGCUGGGACGUGCUGCUGCAGCCGAGCUGUCUGAUCUCCUUAGAAGCAGCCUGAAGUUGAAAGCUGGGAACGACCCAUCAAAAGCUGGUUGACCAUAUCGAUUACGAGCAUAAUAUUACUGAAUCUCAAAAUUAUGAAGUCAAAUGACACCGUUUCUUGGCUUUUGCCCUGCUGGAUAGAUGAUCAUGUGGAAAUCCCAUGAUCUUGAUGGUUUUGUUUUACAAAGAGUAGAUGAAUCGAAACAAUCCGAUCGAGUAGGAAGCAUUAUCCGGUUCAAACCAUGAGAAUGCUUUGGCUAUUGUACAACUCUUUUACGUUUAUAGUUACGAGGAUUGGUCUGAGUUUUAUGUAGCGUUUUGGAUCAACUUUGUGGUUUCGUCUCUGAAUCUUCCCUGGUUUUGGUGGAAAUGAAACCGAAUUCCGAAAUUUGGGUCAUUUUGUGUAAUUUUCGAAAACUUGAGUCAUUUUGUGGUAGGUUUCAAAUCAAAUGGAUCACUUUUUGUAA